UGACACUGUAAGCCAAAGUUUUAGCAAAACACUCUUUUUUUCAGCCAUAUUAUCUAUUUACCAACUUAUAUUUUCUUGUCUUGUUCAGUUUUACUUAUUUCUUUUCGGGACUUUGACGCAAAACAUAAAAAUGACACACAGGUUUAACUUGCUCGUGCUGCUUGCACUUGCAAUGCAGGCUAAGAAAGCUUGCGGCAGCGAGGCAGUGACGAAUGAAGCGUUGACGAAUGAGCCAGUCUCUAUUGAGCCCAAGGUCAAGCUUCCCGAGUUCACGCCCUACGCCGUGUCCAACGCAGCCAUAUGGGAGCAGUUUGGUGCCGGGUCCGACUCGCUCUGGCAGCGGAGCCACGCUACAAAGGAGGGCGAGGAUAAGGCGCGGUAUGACGGCGAAUGGGCCAUUGAGGACGUGACAGAGCUGGCCGGCGUGUCUGGUGACAAAGCACUCGUUGUCAAGAGCGCGGCUCACCACCACGCAAUCUCAGCAAAGCUCGAGAAGCCGUUCGACCCGGCGCAGGGCGGUCUGGUGUUCCAAUACGAGGUCAAGCUGCAGCAGGAGCUGGGGUGCGGUGGCGCGUACACCAAGCUUUUGACAGCACCGAUGAGCGGCGAGUUCAGCGACGCCACCCCCUACACGCUGAUGUUUGGGCCUGACAAAUGCGGCGAGAGCAAGGUGCACCUGAUUUUCCGGCAUCGCAGUCCCGUCACCGGUGAGUAUACGGAGCACCAUCUGGAUCAGCCGCCGACGCCGCCCAUCGACGGACUGUCCCACGUAUACACGCUGGCCAUCCACACGAACAACAGCUUCACCGUGUCCAUCGAUGGCACAGAGCGCCGUGCAGGCUCUCUGCUGGCUGACUUUGUGCCGCCAGUUAACCCGCCCAAGGAGAUUGCCGACCCGGACGACAAGAAGCCAGAGGACUGGGAGGACGACGAGCAGAUCACCGACCCCGACGCCACGCAGCCGGAGGACUGGGACGAGGAUGCACCGCUAAUGAUUCCUGAUGACAACGCGACGAUCCCGGAGGGGUGGUUGGUUGAUGAGCCGCUGCUGGUCGACGACCCCAAGGCGCAAAAGCCCGAGGACUGGGAAGACGAGGAGGACGGCGACUGGGCCGCACCGCAGGUCCCCAAUCCGCGCUGUGCUGACGUGCCUGGGUGCGGGGCCUGGGAGCGUCCGCUGAUGCGCAACCCCGCGUUUGUCGGCAAGUGGCACGCGCCGCUUAUUGGCAACCCGCGCUACAAGGGCCAGUGGGCGCCGCGCCGGAUUGCCAACCCCAAGUACUUUGAUGACCAGGAUCUGUACAGGCUCAGCAAAAUCGACGCCGUUGGAUUCGAGCUGUGGACCAUGCAGGCCGGGAUCACCUUUGACAACAUUUACUUGGGCAACAGCGCAGAGACCGCCGCGCGCAUUGUUGACGACGUGUGGAAGCCCAAGCACGACUCCGAGCUUGCUGUGAGCGAGGCCUUGCGCCCUAAGGCGCCUCCAAAGGCCAAGCCGAGCGUGGGCCAGACGCUCGGGCUCUUCAGGGAGCGCCUGGAGGAGAUCUUUGACAAUAUUCUUGGGUUCUAUGCGGCAUUUCAGAGCAUUGGGCUCGUCAGCGCGCUUCAGCAGGAGCGCAGCGGGGCCUUUGCAAUAGCGAUGGUUGUUGGCGCACUGGGCUGGCUGGGCUGGAACGCGCUUGUCAUCAUUCGCUUCUUCCUUGGCUUGCUGAUUCCGGCAUCUGCCGCCACCCCCGCCGCCAGCGCCGCAGACAAGACAGCCGCUAAGGCUCAUGCUGAUGAAAGUGAGGACGCGCCAGGCGCCGAGGUGUCUGGCAGCACCAGUGCCACAGCGAAGGGCGGCGCGGCUGUCAAGCGCAAAUAGAAAAAUCCGAUAGCUUUAAAUCUCCUCUCAUUCCAAUCGGAAGCCGCGACGUGUCCGUAAAAUGCGGGUGCCGAUCAAGAUCUGCUGAGUUGAUUUUUUACUUUUCCUGCUGCGGCUAUUGUGAUGUCAGAAGCCACGCCGGAGCAACAUGCAGCUUUAAACGUGCAAUCUAUCAUUUCACGCCUGUCCGCGGUGUUUGCAAAUCUGCCAUUUUCGUUUCUGCAGU